GAGCGCCGAGGCGGAGGGUUCCCGCCGCCGCCGGUGCCGCCGCUCGCCGCGCCCGCUGGGGCGGGGAGGCCGGCGGCCAUCUCCUCUCGGGGCUGCCCCUCCGCCAUGGAGGGCUUCGUGGACUUCACCAACCGCAGCCAGGGCCGGGACCAGCUCUUCCGAGCCACUCAGUACACAUGCAUGUUGCUUAGCUAUUUGUUAGAGCAUAAGGCUGAUACUGAGAAGCUGGUAAUGAAACUCAAGCAGUUGGAAUCUAGCAUGAGCUCUGGCCGUAAAAUGUUCAGACUGGGCAACAUGGUACAUGCCUUGGUAGCAGCCAGGAGAACUACACAGUUGCCAGAUGUGGUUCCUCGCUUCUGCCUUACAACUUCCAACCUGACCCGUGCCCUGUACUUCAUCUGCGAUGCAGUCUUGUGGUUGAGGAGUGUUGGUCUCCAACCUGACAUCGAUAAGCAGAAGUGGCGGAAUUGGGCUACCAAGUGUUACUACUUUUCACUGCUGAUGAAUCUGGCCAGAGACUGGUAUGAGAUCUCCUGGAGGUUGGAGCAAGCCAUACAGAAAAAAAAGACAAAAGAAAAUUCUUCCUGGGACAAAGAAGAUCAGGAACUAAACUGCUUGAAACACGAUAGCUUACCAUCUUUUCUCCUCCUGCUGUUUCAGAUACUGAAAAGACAUCCUCCUUUGCUGCUAGACAUGGUGAAAAAUCUGUGUGAUCUCUCUAGUCCUUUGGAUGCACUAGGAAUCUACAAGACCAAUCCGGGAGUGAUUGGUUUCUGUGGCCUCAUCUCCUCUCUGGUGGGGAUCCUCACAUUAGCAAGCCCACAUCUGAAACUGAAACAGUGAUGCGAAAGGAGCCACAUAGUGUGCAAUGAGCCAAUAGCUUUGAUUCUCUGCCAGGUUUUGUUCUCAUAUCGCACUUUGAAAAUGAAGAUGUCUCACAGUAACUUCAAGAUGAGGUUUACACUCUGAAUAAGUGUCUUUGCAGAUGGGUUAGGUGCUGUGAUAUACUCCCUAAUGGAGUGGAAAUGGGAGAAGACAGAAUAAUAUUUCACAAACAGAAACAGGCCUUGGAACGUGGCUGCUAGAGGAACAUAGCUGCUAGAUAAGGAAAUAUUAAUGUUCCCAUAUUUUAAUAUGGGGUUAUGAAAUAGCAGCAUACAACAAUAGGUGUAUGACUCGUAACUAAUCAUGUUUACACUGUAAAGGUAGAAUUCACCAAUCAAAGGUUCCUACAGUCAGAUUUUUUUAGUAUGUUCAGGCAAAUUAGGAACUAUGAUUAAAAUGUCUUGAAGUAA